AAACACCCGACUAGCCUUCGUCUUUGGGAUUGAAAACGCCUUCACCACCCCGGACGAAGAAUACGCAACCCAUUUCGUCAGAAACGCAAGGAAUCUGAUCAACCUCAAAGCGCAAGUCUGGGAACGACUGGCCAAGUCGCUCCAAUCCAAAGCUAACGAGCUCAUCAGCACAGCGCACCGCCUCCACCUCGCAAGCGUAGUCCAGUCCCUCUCACUCCGGAUCAUCCUUACCCACACUGCUGAACGCGGAGCUAGACACCCUCCCCGACGCCGAAAAGCACAUGGUCUCCCUAGCGCAGGCCAUCAACCGCGCCUGGGUGUCCUCCAAGAACGACGUCGACCUCAUCGAAUUUGCCGAUAACCCCGGCCUCCAAGCCUCCCUCUCCGCGCUGUUUCCUACCUUUGAUGGAACCCACCAACCCCCGCGAUAACCCACUCUGCUGGAUUCUCCCCGGCUUCGAGACAAGCUGGCGCAUCAACCUGCGCAUGGUCUUGGAACUCCUGCUCAACAAAGGCCAGACUCAUCCCGACUGGACGGCCACGAUGAUUGCUUUCGCAGAAAACCCCACGAAGAUACAGUUCGAAGCCGCGGGAGAAGACGACUUCUCCGCCAAGGAUCUAGUGGCGGAAGGGUUGCGACUGUACCCUCCGACCAAGCGGAUCUACCGCGCGUUCGAAUGGGAGGAGAACGGUGCGAGACACUCGGAUACCUUCGAUGCGGACGUGGAGGCUCUUGGAGGUGCGCCGUUUGAGUGUCCCGCUAAGGCGGUCUUUGGGCCUAGGAUGAUUGCGCUGGUUGUUGGGCUUUUGGUGGACAUUGUGCAGAUGGGGAACGGUUGGAGGGUGGUCGAUAAGGAUGAAAACGGGGCGAAUGAUGUGUUCUGUGAGGAGAGGUUGAAAAAUGAUCGUGGCUCGUAUGAGGAGUUGUUUCUUGUUAGGGCGGCGGGUGGUGUCUAGUUUAGCCAAUGGGUGUAGUGUGAUCCUGGCAUGUUAGUGUGGUCUCAGGAUUGCGUGUAUCUGACCCUGGUUUGCUUUUGAAAGGGCUGAAGUGUUAUUAGGAGGUCUGAUUUUAAACCCCGAGUUAAUUUUGUCAUGUGCCUUGACCGUUGUAUUAUUUGAAUAGUAGAGCAUCUCUAUCUCGCAGAUCACCAGCCGCACUGAGUAAGC